AUGUCUGUCGAGCUGGACCCCGUCGAGCUCGGAUUCAAGCGCCCGUUCACCCACGAGGUCGCUCAGGUCCUGCGUCUGUACAACAAGAACUCAGACCCUGUCGCUUUCAAGGUCAAGACUACUGCCCCCAAACAAUACUGUGUCAGACCAAACUCGGGUCGCAUUGAGCCUGGUCAAGAUGUCGAGGUUCAGGUCUUGUUGCAAGCCAUGAGAGAGGACCCUCCUCUUGACGCAAAGUGCAGAGACAAGUUCCUCGUCCAAUCUGUUGCCAUCUCGGCUGACAAGGAAUACCCCAAUGUCUCGCAAAUCUGGUCUCACAUUGAGCAAACAGCAAAGUCUUCUAUCCAAGAGAAGAAGAUCCGCGUUGUCUUCCUGCCCCCAGAGGGCGUCGCCGAUACUGGUGUUGGCGGUCACAUGGACGACUCGAUCGCUACCUUCAACUCCGUCUCCCCUCAACCUCAAACACCCCAACGAGGCUCCGACGCACCAGUCGUGGGUGCCAUCUCUCGCCCGGAAGAACGUCCCAUUGACAACAAGCACCUCGGAGAUGCCGUCGACUCGGCCAGAAACCCAGCAACUGACAGAUCUACCUACUCCGAUUCCACGACUACUCAGAGCUUCAUCAACUCCAUCCCCACUUCGGCCGACGAUGUGAAGGCCAAACUUGCCGAAGCACAAGCCACUAUCGCACGAAUGAGCCAAGAAAGAGAUGAUCAAGGACUGCGCCAGAGAAAGACUGAUGCCGUCAACCAGGAUUCCAAGGAGAGAAUCUCUGCUGGAACAACCGGCUUGGGUGUGCAAAAGGCACCUACUGGUGGUGUUCCCGUCCAGGUCGUUGCUGGACUUUGCCUUUUGUGUUUCUUGAUCGCCUACUUCUUCUUCUAG